UACACACACCUUGCGCUACUGUACAACCAACACGCAGCAAGCAUCUGAUCAUAAUAAUCUCUCCCCUCCGGCACCACACACACAGCUUCCUCUUAUUUUUGCAAGCUAGCUAGAACGAGCUAUAAUUAUUAAGAUGAAGACCAAGGCUUCCACAUUCUUCAAGCAGAUGCUGUCCACCAUCGUCGCCGUGGUCAAGGCCAAGUCCACGACGGUGCGCGCCAAGACCAGCACCCUCAAGACGCGCCUCCUCGUCCUCGGCAUCCUCCGCAACAGGAAGCUCCUCGUCAGCGCCAUCAACCACAAGAUCCACGCCAUCAUGGGCCAGGACGACCACGCGCGCAAGGAGGAGGCCGCCCAACAAGACGACGGCGGCAAGAAGGCCAUCGUGCUCUACACGUCUCCCAGCUACGUGACGGAGCGCGACGUGGAGGCCGCCCAGGAGGAGGAGGAGGACAGCGACGACGAGUACUUGACGCACUCGCUGUUCCGCGAGGAAGACGACGAUGACGACGAGCUGGUGAACGCGCCAGGGUCGGUGAUUGACGUGGUGCGCGACGCCAAGGAGAAGGAGGGGGAGGGGGCUGAGUUCCGGCUGGAGGACGAGAUCGACCAUGUAGCCGACGUCUUCAUCCGCCGGAUCCACAAGCAGCUCAAGCUGCAGAAGCUCGAGUCGUUCAAGAGGUUCUGCGAGAUGAUGGAGAGGAGCGCUUGAUCCACCUCCACUCCAGUGAUUUAUUAUUCAUAAGUAUGCAAUGGCGCCAGCUCCAUCACUCCUUAAGCCAAGAUUAUGUUUAACUUAAUUGGACGCCCAUGCAUGUAAGUAGAAGCAAAAGAUGAAGCCAGGCAAGAAGAUGCUUAUCUUCUGGUAGGGUUUUAGUGGGGAUGCCAAGGUCUACUACUCCUACGUGGUACUUUAAUCAUUACGUACUCAUGUUCUUUUGUUCUUUAAUCUGGGGGAAGAUUGUAAAAGUGCUCAAGUUUUGAGGAAAAAACCAAUAAAUGAAGCAAAUAAA